GAAAAAGGUAUGUAAAAGAGUGAGAAAAUGGAGAAAAUUGAUAGAGAACUCAUGGAGCGAAAUGGGGAAACCAUGGAGAAAAAUCAUAAAGAACCCAUGGAGCAAAAUGUCGAAGAAGCCAUGGAGAAGUAUGAUCAGGAGGCAAAAAUAAACUACAGAGGAUGGAAAGCCAUGCCCCUCAUCAUAGGGAAUGAAACUUUUGAGAAGUUGGGAGCAAUUGGGACAUUGGCCAACCUCCUGAUCUAUCUCACCACUGUAUUCAACUUGAAGAGCAUUACAGCUGCAACCAUGAUCAAUAUCUUUCAUGGCACCACCAACUUUGGAACACUGAUUGGAGCUUUUCUUUGUGACACUUACUUUGGUCGCUACAAGACCUUGGGAUUUGCUACAUGUGCCUCUUUUGUGGGAUUGCUGGCAAUACAGCUAACAGCAGCAAUCCCGGGGUUGCAUCCUCCCCACUGUGGAGCACAAGAAAGCAGCCAAUGCAGGGGACCAACAGCAGCGCAAAUGGCAUUUCUUCUUACUGGGUUAGGACUGAUGGUUGUGGGAGCUGGUGGCGUUAGGCCAUGUAACUUAGCAUUUGGAGUAGACCAAUUCAAUCCAAAAACAGAAUCUGGGAAGAGAGGAAUCAAUAGCUUCUUCAAUUGGUACUUCUUCACCUUCACAUUUGCUCAGAUGGUGUCCUUGACCUUGAUUGUAUACAUUCAAUCCAAUGUGAGUUGGGCAAUUGGGUUAGCAAUUCCAGCAAUUUUGAUGCUCAUAGCCUGUGUAGUCUAUUUCAUCGGUUCAAAGAUAUAUGUAAAAGUGAAAGCAAAUGGUAGUCCAAUGACUAGUGUGGCUCAAGUCAUAGUUGUUGCAAUCAAGAAGAGGAAAUUAAGCCCGCCAGAUGUACCGUGGCUCUCUCUUUUCAACUAUAUCCCUCCCAAGUCCAUCAACUCCAAGCUUCCAUACACGGAUCAAUUACGAUUCAUUGAAAAAGCAGCUAUCUUGACUCCCCAAGACAAGAUAAACCCAGAUGGAUCUCCAGCCAAUCCAUGGAGACUUUGUAGUUUGCAACAAGUGGAAGAAGUGAAGUGCCUGUUGAGGGUGCUUCCUAUAUGGGCAUCAGGAAUUAUAUACUAUGUUGCCAUAGUGCAGCAGCAAACUUAUGCAGUCUUCCAAGCAUUUCAGUCCGACAGACGCCUUGGAGAUAGCGAUUUCGAGAUUCCAGCAGCAACAUACAUUGUGUUCCUUAUGCUGAGCAUGACCAUCUACAUACCUAUCUAUGAUAGAAUCAUUGUUCCAUUCCUCCGAAGAUUGACAAGAAAAGAAGAGGGGAUUACAGUCCUCCAGAGAGUCGGCAUUGGAAUAUUUCUCUCCGUAGUUACCAUGCUUGUGUCUGCCUUCGUUGAAAAACAAAGAAAAACUAUAGCCCUCACAAGGCCAACUCUAGGAGUUGUGCCAAGAAAAGGCGCUAUUUCUUCCAUGUCAGGCUUAUGGUUGAUUCCUCAAUUCACGCUCGCUGGAAUCACAGAAGGGUUUGCUUCCAUUGGUCUGAUGGAAUUCUACUACAAGCAGUUCCCAGAGAACAUGAAAAGCAUUGCAGGUGCUUUGUUUUACUGCAACAUGGCAGCAUCAAGUUAUCUGUGUAGCAUUUUGAUACAGGUAGUUCACCGAACAACAAAGGGAGCUGCAACAGGAGAUUGGUUGCCAGAGGAUCUUAAUAAGGGAAGAUUGGACUACUACUACUACAUGACUGCAGGUUUAGGAGUCUUGAAUAUGGGCUAUUUUCUGGUCUGUGCCAGGUGGUAUAGAUACAAAGACAAUAGUGAAACCCUUGAAGUUAAUGGAGAGGAAAAGCAAUCUGAUAAAAAUUUGGUAUGAUAAAUUUUAUUCCUACGAGAUCAAAUUUCAUAUUAGGAUAUCAAAUCGAUCUUCUUUUUGGUUACGAUUCAGGAAUAAUUACAUUAGAUUGUCGAGGUAACUUUGAUGUUGCAUUAGGAAAACCUGUAACAUGAUAUAAAUUUCUCAUGUUCUUCUGUUGAAUAGUUAGGACAUAACCAAGAAUGUAGGUGCUUUAUAUGCUUUAUUAUAAGGGUGGUUGAUGUUCGGUCCCCCAUAUGUUUGAUCUC